AUGAUAGUAGAUGCCAUGCAGGAGAACCCUAAUCUCCAUAUUGUGAGAGUGAGGCACAGUGAGCAGAGAGGUCUCGCUUAUGCCAGAGCAUCCGGGUGCAGGGCUGCUACUGCUGACGUGGUGGCCAUCCUGGACGCACACAUUGAAGUCCAUGAGAUGUGGGCUGAACCUCUGCUGACACAGAUUAAAGCUGACCGAACUGUGGUGGUUUUCCCGGUGUUUGAUAAAGUCAGCUUUGAUGAUCUCAAGGUUACUACAUAUCAUCCCAGUGCACACGCCUUCGACUGGGCUCUGUGGUGCAUGUAUGAGAGUUUUACACCCGAGUAUUACAAACUUAAUGACGGUUCACUGCCUGGCAAGAGUCCAUCUGUCAUGGGGAUCAUGGUUGCUGAUAGAAAGUUUCUGGGGGAAAUUGGAGUCCUUGAUGAAGGAAUGAAAGUGUAUGGUGGAGAAAAUGUUGAGCUGGGAAUUCGUGUAUGGACAUGUGGAGGCAGUGUUGAAGUUGUUCCAUGUUCCAAGAUCGCCCACAUCGAGAGGGCCCACAAGCCCUACAUGCCUGACCUGGGUCCUGCCAUGAAGAGAAAUGCCCUCAGAGUUGCAGAGAUCUGGAUGGAUGAAUACAAGCACAACGUUAACUUGGCUUGGAACAUCCCAUUUGAGAAUCAUGGAAUUGACAUAGGCGACAUUUCAGAGAGGAAGAAACUCAGAGAAAGGCUGAACUGUAAACCUUUCAAAUGGUACCUGGAUAAUGUGUAUCCUAAGCUGGAUCCCUGGGACGACCUCCUCGCAUACGGAGGAAUGAAGAACCUUGAUGCUGACAUGUGCCUAGACCAAGGUCCAGUACCAGGUCACACACCUAUUGCCUACAACUGCCACUAUUAUGUUUCUCAAUUGGCAUAUUAUCGUGGAACGGGUGAGCUCUACAUUGGUGGCAUCAAGGCACAUAAGUACAAUGACAACCGCUGUUUAGCUGACAUAGGCACAGAAGAAACUGAGCCUGGCCUGUACAACUGUAAGGAGGCUGUGCAGAAAGGAAUGGGGAUAUACUGGGACUUCACUCAGGUACCACAUAAUGAAGUUUUUUUAACCCAGGUUUUUUUAAAGUCGGGAUAUGUGGACCACAGUUAUGGUUUACUAUUUCUCAGAAGAGGUUGAAUGAACACUGUUUGUCUCCUAACUAAACAAACUGUAAGUUACAUUGAGAACCAUGGAAUAGGAAUACAAGCGGGCUUACAAACACAGGUGCUCACACCUGAGUACCUGCCUGUGUACAAACAGGUACUCACAGACACAUACUAUCUUGGUUGGCUGCUGCCCCUAAACAUAUCAUGCAUUAUCAGUCUUGUAUGCUGCUCGGUAACAUUCAGUACUUAUUAUUUACUGUUACUCAUGCUUAUGUUGGUUGUUGCCGUGAUUUCCCUACUGUGUUGUUUUGUUUUUUCUUAUUCUUACUAGGUUAUCUAACUAGUUUUUAGUGUCUUUUUCCUCUCUCUCUCUCUUCUCCUCUAUUUGUCUUU